AUGUCUGUGGUGCAUCAUUUGCCUCCUGGGUGGUUACUGGGUAUCUUUCAUCUUUCUUUCAUUAACAAGGUAAACUAUCAACUUCACCAGCAUCAAGAGCCUUUUUGUAAUAAAAGCAACCCCACUUCUUCUGUCUACACGGAUUCUCUUCAGCUGGAUCCCAGGUCUCCUUUUGGAGCUUCUGCUACGUGCUUUGCUCCUGACUCCACUACUGUGUCGGGCAGUGAGGAUGGAGGGAGUUGUGAAGUGAUCACCCAAAAAUAUGUUUUCCGAUCUGAGCUAUUUAAUGUCACCAAACCUUAUAUAAUUCCAGCUAUUCACCAAGAGCGCCAACAAAGUAACAAAAGUGAAAAUCUACUGAGUGACGAUGAACAAGAGGUCUCUGUUUCUGUUGGGAAAGUAGGAAGUGUUAAGCAUCUUUUUUUUUUUUUUUAAACAUGAAACAAAAAAAUUUCAUUAAGUAUCUCAAACAUCUUCCCAUUUUCUAAGUAAAAAGAGUUAAUCAUGCAGAAGGUGUUAGCAUGUCCAAGAGCGAUUGUGGGUUGCCCUACAACUCAUUGCCUAGCUGAGAAUCACAGGCUUUUUAUCCUCCUGUCUCCACUUCCCAAGUGCUGGGGUUCUCAGCAGGUGCUGUCAGUCACCUUUAAUCAUACUUUCUAA